AAACGUAAACAUGUCAGUUGCGACUGCAAUACCACGGUGGCGGGUUAUGUGAAGUUAAAAUCGAAAAAGUUUUACGCGGUCAACGAGAGUUUGUGCCAAUUUUAACUUAACGUCUUUGUUCUUUGUAAUUACAAUUUGUGAAUGAAGUGCGUUGUUCCGUAUUCAGUGGUAUAAUUACUGUGUGGUGAUGUAUAGAAGUAACUAAGUUAACGGUAUUGCUUUGUGAACUUUAGUGGUGUCAGAAUUUUGAGACACACCUACAGAUGCAAGAAGCCUGUUUUUGUAGCACAGAAUCCGGAUGCCGAGCCAUGUGUGAUUUUUAAGUGGUCGCAUUACACGAUCGACGAGUAUGGCCCGGUGGCAUUGCGUCGUCCUGUUCGCGACGUUAUGUUUAAGCAGAGGAUUAUCGAACAAGCUGCCGGGGUUCGCGGGAGAUGUUGACAACCUAGCGCUGUCAGAGAGCACUGCGGUCGGUCAAAUUGUACAUACGCUGAAUGGAACUGAUCCUGAGGGCUUGCCGGUGAAAUACGAUCUUGUUGGUACGAACAAGUUCUCAGUGAAUCCGGACACUGGCGAUAUUACCUUGAUACAGCCUUUGGAUAGAGAAAGAGAAGAUACAAUAAAGUUCCUAGUCUCCGUACAAGACCAAGAUCCCGAAGGCGUAAAUAACCUGAUACACAGUCAGCCUAUGACAGUCAUCGUCUUGGAUGAGAAUGACAACCCUCCUACAUUUAAAAAUAGUCCUUACGAGGUGGAUGUAGCAGAAAAUGAGGAUGUUGGAAAGACGAUACUUACCAAAAUCGAAGUGGAAGAUCGAGAUUCAGUAGGAGACAGUCUGGAAGUAGGCUGUGUGCCCAGUGAACAGUGGCCGCAAGCAUGCGAGGUAUUCGAAGUGACGACUCUAAACUCCACUGCCAACCACUACACCGGGGCGCUGGUGCUGAAGAAGAAGCUGAACUACAAUGAGAACCAGUUCUAUCAGUUCCUGUUGUAUGCUACCGACGGCACACUGAACUCCUCGGCGCAGGUGGAGGUGAAGGUGGCGGACGUGCAGGACUCGCCGCCGGUGUUCAGCGGCGCGCUGAGCGGCGCGCUGGCGGAGGACGCGCCGGUCGGCACCGCGGUGCUGACGGUGCGAGCGCGCGACGCCGACCGCGCGCAACCGCGGGACGUCAAACUGGACCUUAUCACUAAUCCUCUGGAUUUCUUCUGGCUGGACAGCAGCACGGGCGAGCUGAAGACUGCCAGGCCACUGGACAGAGAGGCACUUGAUGAUCCUAACUCACCUUUAAACCUUACUGUUCGGGCAACAGAGUUGAUUAAUGGUAUCCCGGCGGUGAGUAACAUAACAUCGUCAGUGGCGACGGUGACGGUGACCAUCCGCGACGUGAACGACGAGCCGCCGCGCUUCAGCCGCCGCGAGUACCACGUCGACGUGCCGGAGAGCCUGCCGGUGGGAACACCGCUGCCGCACCUCGACAUGGUGGUCACCGAUACUGAUCUUGGUUCAAAUUCCGUGUUCUCUCUGCGUCUGUCGGACGAGAUGGGCGCUUUUGUUGUGGAGCCCGCGAUCGCCACGGGGAGCGCCACCGUCACCCUAAGACUGAAUACUAGCCUCGACUACGAGGACCCCAACCAGAGGAAGUUUAUACUAGAGGUGAUAGCAGAAGAAGUGCACACAUCUCCCAAGUUGUCUUCGAAAGCUAGCGUGACGGUGUCACUGAGGGACGUGAACGACAACGCGCCGCGCUUCCCCGAGGGUCCGCACACCGCCAGCGUGCCCGAGGCCGCGCCGCCGGGCACGCGGGUCACUGCCUUGAGAGCCACCGACAGGGAUACUGGACGGUUUGGCACCGAGGGCAUAGUGUACGAGGUGUCGGGCAGCGGCGCGGAGCUGUUCGUUGUGGACCGGCGCAGCGGCGUGCUGGCGGUGGCGGAGUGCGCGGCGCCGGGCACGCCGCCUUGUCUCGACUACGAGACCAGGAAGGACUACUUCUUGCAAUAUAAAGCGACAGACGAGGACGGCAGAGGUCAGUCGACGGUGACAUCACUGCAGCUGUCCCUCUCCGACUCCAACGAUAACGCACCUGUCUUCCUCACUCCUGUGUACAAGGCUUCUAUAGACGAGGAUGCUGUUAAAUUUGAACCUGAACUACAGGUGCAAGCGCGUGACGCGGACGUGACGUCAGACAUCCGGUACUCCAUCAUCUACCCUCCCCGCCAGCCCUUCUGGAUAGAUCCGCAGUCGGGCAAAAUCGCCGUCAGGGGGGAAGUCGCCGCUGAUAACUCCACUAACAACCUCAUAGUCCUUACUGUUCUAGCAACAGAUGGCGUGCAUAACGCGACGUGUUCAGUAGAGGUGACUGUGCGUGACGUCAACAACCACGCUCCUGUCUUUGACACUGACAAGUAUGACGCUGACGUCAUCGAGAACGCUCCCAUUGGUACGGAGGUAGCGGUAGUGCGUGCUAGCGAUCUAGACAGUGGUCUAAACUCCCGGCUGCGGUACUCGGUGCAGCGCGGCGCACUCGACGCCUUCGCAGUCGGCGCAGACAGCGGCGUCGUCACCCUCACUGAUACACUCGACUAUGACAAGAAGAACACAUAUUCUAUACAAAUUAUAGCGACCGAUAUGGGUAUCCCCAGCCAGACUGGUACCACGGAGUUAACAGUCCACGUAAUCAACGUGAACGACAAGAAGCCUAUCUUCACGCCCAGCGUACAGAGAGCCGAGGUGUCAGCGGACGCGGAGGUUGGAACGGUCCUGCAUAAACUGGUGGCUGUGGAUCCUGACGUCACGGACCCCAGUCAGCUGCUGUUCGAAGUAUCGCAUGAGACGCCCAUACGAGCCGUGGAUACUAACGGCAAUGAGGUGUUGGACGCGGGUGCGCUGGGUUCGUGGUUCUCAGUGGGGGGCGCGGGCGAGGUGGCGGUGGCGGGCGCUCUGCGGCGCAGCCUGGCCGCCGUGCUCACCCUGCCCGUGCAGGUCACCGACACCUCCGCAGCCACCUUACAACGAUCAUACGGUGAAUUAAUAAUAACGAUAGUGGAUGUGAACCGGUACGGGCCGGUUUUCACGGAGCCGGCGUACCUGGAGUCCGUACUGGAGGAGCAGCCCGUGGGAACCGUGCUUAAUACGUACUCCGCCACCGACAGAGAGACACCUAUCGCCAGUAUUGUUAUAUACCCACCUACACCAUAUUUCCAGAUAGAUAAUGUAACUGGCGUAGUGAAGAUCGCGCAACGCAUCGACUACGAGCAAGUGAAGCGUUUGAACUUCACAUUAGUGGCGUACGACUCCGGCGUGCCGCAGCGCUCCACGCCCGCUAGUGUAUCUAUAGAUGUUAUCAAUAUAAAUGACGAGGAGCCCGUUUUCGCUGCUGCCGAGUAUGAUGCAGCCGUGUUGGAGAAUGCGGUCGCUGGUACCAGUGUCCUUACUGUUACUGCCGUGGAUAAAGAUGAAGGAGAAUUCGGUGAAAUAACCUACAGUAUAUCAGGAGAACUGUCCAGUUUGUUCACAAUCGACACAAAUACUGGAAUGAUAUCAGUGGCAGAGGGCGCUGUUAUCGACAGAGAGAACAUCACCGACAUCUAUCUGCGCGCGGUGGCAACUGACAACGCGCCGCCACAGAUCAGAAAAACUACAAGCGUUCCUGUGCACAUAAAAGUGAUAGACGAGAACGACAACGCGCCGGUGUUCAGUCAGAAGGUGUAUAAGAGUACGAUUGCGGAAAAUCUGCCGCUUGCGCCCGCCGCGGCCAUUUUGCAAGUGCGUGCGGAGGACAAGGACGAGGGGGACAACGGGAAGAUCCGCUACAGCAUUGAAGAUCAGAGCGAACCAGAUACAUUUGUCGUGGAAGCCAGCAGCGGCAUCAUCUCCCCAGCGAAGGCGGUGGUAGGGAACACCACGUACCAAGUGACAGUGCGCGCGGACGACGGGCGACACACGGCGCGAGCGCGCGUACACGUCGCCGUGCUGAGUGUCAACAGACACAGCCCUGUGUUCGUGCAGCCGCCGCCAGAACAGCGAUACAUUGAGAUACCUGAGAACGCAGCUCAGGCGGAUUAUUUAAUAACAACAAUAAAGGCAACAGACUCUGACAGCGGAGAGAACGGCCGCGUGUCGUACUACCUGAAAGUGGACAACCGCAACGUACGCGACACGCCGGAGUUCAGCCUGGACACAGACACGGGGGAGCUCAGGACUAAGACAUUCCUGGAUAGAGAACAUAAGGCUGAAUAUCAGUUGGUGAUAGCUGCGGUGGACAACGGCACGCCGGCACAGUUCGAGAGCCUGCGGCUGCUGAGCGUGCUGCUGGCGGACGACGACGACAACUCGCCGCGCUUCUCGCAGCGCCACUACCGCCUCGCCAUCUCUGAGAACAUGCCGCCGGGUGUCAUUGUCGGAACAGUGAAGGCGAUAGACAAAGACUCAGGAGACAACGGCAAGGUGUACUACCACAUCCUGGAGGGCAACCGCGAGGGCGCCUUCACGCUGCACAGGACACAGGGCAUCCUCAGAGCCAACACAUCCUUCGAUAGGGAAAAGCAAGAUGAAUAUACAAUGACGAUCUACGCGAGUAACAAUCCGAUAUUGGAGCACGCGGCGGCCAUCUUGAACUCCAUAGACAACAGCAGCGACAGCCAAGAUGGCAGCGUCGCCGCCGUCACUGUUACCAUACUCGAUGAAAACGAUAACGAACCGAAAUUCGGACAAGAAGUUUAUUAUGCAGGUAAAUCUUAGUUUUUUUAAUCGGUU